AUGGUUUCAACAACCUCUUCAAGUACUAUAACCACCACCACUUAUGUGCCGACGACCAUCACGCCGCCUCCUAUUACUCCCCAAAACCCAUGUCCGACAUAUUGCAGCAUCUCCGCCGGCACUGUCAACUUAUUCUUUUGGCCAACGAACGAGCCGUACACGUACCCGUCCACUUAUGUCGACACACACCUCGAUUAUACAUUUACCUCACCGUCAGUGUAUAUGGUCGUUAACACCAUCUUUGGUUACAACACCGCCGGUCUCGCUGGGCCUUCCGGCACUAGUCUAGUAUUCGCCCUUGACUUAGACCAAGUAUCGACCAUGGUUCCUGACCAGUCAGUCACACGACAGCUCACUUUGAGCGAUCUGGGUACCGACUGCCCUCAGAUGGAAGCUGCCUCAGUGAUCGCGACGGCAGCGCCUGACGGCCGGUGCGAUCCUAUCCUUGUGGCUCCAGACCCUGUCAAAUCUUGGGCCUCGCCGUGUAAUGCGUGUGGUGCAUUUGGGCUAUUUGAUCCUCCGUAUGCCGUUCCUCCCCUGACUGGAGGUCUGGUACCUGGGCCAACGACGACUACGAUGGCACUGCCAGAGCCACAAACUACUACGGGCUCCAGCACCAUGUCGACAGUUACGGAGACCACUGCUUAUGAUGUCGCACCGACUCCGACUUUGACUCCGUUGUCUAGUACCCGCUCGGUCACUAUUUCAUCGUCAUCGCUUGGCUCUGACCCAAACUCGACUACUACACCUUCAAUGGCCGCAAAAGCGACAAAGGUUACAGGUGGAGCCGUUUGUCUAAUUUUAAGUUUUGUCGUAUCGGUAUACUUGCUAUAA